GCGUUCGGGCGGCGCGAGACGCUGCGGCGCCACGAGCGCAUCCACACCGGGGAGAAGCCGCACGAGUGCGGGGUGUGCGGGAAGCGCUUCCGCGAGUCCUUCCACCUGCGCAAGCACCGCGUGGUGCACACGCGGGAGCGGCCCUACCGCUGCGACCUGUGCGGCAAGACCUUCGGCUACCCCCAGAGCCUCACGCGGCACCGCCAGGUGCACCGCCUGCCGCUGCCCGCGCCGCCCCCGCCGCCCGGCGAGGCCCCCGCCCCCGGCGCGCUGGGCUGCGGCGCCUGCGGGCAGCGCUUCCCCGACCUGCUCCGCGCCGCCGCCGCCGCCGCCGCCCAGCAGGACCCGCUGCCAGGACCCCCGGCCGAGCGCCCGCCCGGCUGCGACACCUGCGGGCAGGUGUUCGGCUUCCUGGAGAACCUCGUGUGGCACCGCCUGGUGCACCCGGCGCCGCCGGAGCGGCCGGCGGUCGCGACGGCGGCGUUGACGGGAGGUGACCCCCCGGCGCCCGCCGAGGCGCCGCGGGCGGCGCCGCCGCGUCCCGGGCGCUUCCCCUGCGGCACCUGCGGGCGCAGCUUCAAGCGGUUCCUGGCGCUGGUGACGCACAAGUACGUGCACCUGGCACGGCGGCCGCGGGCCUGCGGGGCCUGCGGGCAGCGCUGCGCCGGCGCCUACGAGCUGCUGCUGCACCGCCGGCGCCACCUGCGCCAGCGGCCCUGGCCCUGCGGCGGCUGCGGGCGCCGCUUCUGGGCGGCCGCGCUGCUCCGGCGGCACCGGCGCCGCUGCCUCGCCCGGCUGCGCUGCCGCACCUGCGGCCGCGCUUUCCGCCGCGCCGGCGCCCUGCGGCGGCACCGGGCCGGCCACGCCGGCGCCCUGCGCUGCCCGCGCUGCGCCAAGCGCUUCGCCCACCCCGCCGGCUUGGCCGAGCACCAGCGCCGGCACCGCCCGGCGCGGCCGCGGCGCUGCCGGACCUGCGGGGAGAGCUUCGGGCGGCGCUCGGAGCUGCUGGAGCACCGGCGGCGCCACCUGGGCGAGGACGUUUACCGGUGCGAGCGCUGCGGGAAGAGCUUCUUCUACCUGUCGUCCAUCCUGCGGCACCAGCGCGGCCACGCGCGGCGCCGGGGGCUGCGCUGCCCCGCCUGCUGCCGCCGCUUCGCCGACGCCCGGCGCCUGCGCCGGCACCUGGCCGGACACGAGGCCGGGCGGCCCUUCCCGUGCCGCACCUGCGGCGAGGCCUUCGCCGCCCCCGAGGGGCUGCGGCAGCACCGGCGGCUGCGGCACCGCCAGGACGCGGCUGGGGCGGCCCAGGGGGACUGA